AUGCCAGAGCCAACUAAAAAAACAGUGAAGGAAGCACAAAAAGCUAUAUCCCCAGACCCUGCUGUUGCAGAACCUAAGCCUGAAGAACCUAAAGAGGCUCCACCAGCACCUACUGGAAGCUCAGCCUCGGACACCAGUGGAACCGUGUCAGAUGGCUCAGCAACUGAAGGUCUGCUUGAGAGUCAUCAGCCUGACACAAGGCAGGACCUUACUGGUCUCUUCACUGAAAAGCCUCAAAGUGGGGAGGUAAAUGUAGGUGAGAACAUUACUUUAGUUGCUCGGGUGUGUGGUGAAUCUCUGCUGAAGAAGCCCACAGUAAAAUGGUUCAAAGGAAAGUGGAUGGAUCUGGCCAGCAAGUCAGGAAAGCACCUGCAACUCAAAGAGCACUAUGACCGCAACUCUAAGGUGUACACCUUCGAGAUGCAUAUCAUUGCAGCUAAAGCCAACUUUGCUGGAGGUUAUCGUUGUGAGGUCUCCUCUAGAGACAAGUUUGACAGCUGCAAUUUUGACCUGGUAGUACAUGAGGCACGUACAACAGAUGGGUUUGAUAUUCGCACUGCAUUUAGACGCACUAGCACAGAUGCAGGUGAAGACUCAGGAGAACUGGACUUCAGUGCUUUACUGAAAAAGAGAGAAGCUGUUCAUGUGAGCACAGAGCCUGAGGUAGACGUAUGGGAAAUCCUCCAGAAAGCUCCACCAUCAGCGUAUGAAAAGAUUGCUUUCCAGUAUGGAAUCACAGACCUGCGGGGGAUGCUUAAGAGACUCAAAAAAAUGAAAAAAGAAGAGAAGAAAAGUGCAGCAUUUCUGAGGAAGCUGGACCCAGCCUACCAAGUCGAAAAGGGACACAAGAUCAAACUGCAAAUUGAAGUGGCCAAUUCAGAUGCAGAGGUUAAAUGGCUAAAAAAUGGACAAGAGAUACACCCAACUGGAAGCAAGUACAUCUUUGAGAGUGUAGGCAACAAACGCUUCCUCACUAUCAACAACUGUACUCUGGCAGAUGAUGCUGCUUAUACCUGCAUGAUUGGAGAUGAGAAGACCUUCACUGAGCUCUUUGUUAAAGAGCCUCCUGUUCUGAUCGUACGUAACCUAGAGGAUCAGAUGGUUAUGAAGGGAGAACGAGUAGAGUUUGAGUGUGAAGUGUCUGAAGAGGGGGCUCAAGUCAAAUGGGAGAAAGAUGGAGUGGAACUUACCCGAGAUGAGUCCUUUAAAUAUCGCUUCAAGAAAGAUGGAUGUAAGCAUGUCCUUAUCAUUAACGAUGUGACCAAGGAGGACUGUGGCCACUACAGAGUGAAAACCAAUGGAGGGCAAUCAUUAGCAGAGCUCAUGGUUCAGGAGAAACAGCUAGAGGUCUAUCAAAACAUUGCUGACCUGACGGUGAAGGCCAAAGACCAGGCUGUGUUCAAAUGUGAAGUUUCUGAUGAGAAUGUGAAAGGCAUCUGGUACAAAAAUGGAGUGGAGGUGAAACCUGAUGCCAGAACUCAUAUCACACACAUUGGCAGGAUUCAUAAACUGACCAUUGAUGAGGUAAAGCCAGAGGAUGAGGGUGACUACACCUUCGUUCCUGAGGGCUAUGCCUUCAAUCUCUCUGCCAAGCUCAACUUUUUAGAGGUCAAGAUUGACUUUGUUCCUCGCCAAGAUCCUCCCAAGAUUCAUCUGGACUGCAUGGGCCGCACCGCUGAGUCCACAAUCUUGGUUGUGGCUGGAAACAAACUGCGACUAGAUGUACCAAUUACUGGAGAUCCUGCCCCCACUGUGGUUUGGACAAAAGGAGAAAAGGGUAGCUUUAAGGAGGGAGAGUCACGACCUGAACCAAGGCAUAUAUGGACAGCGAAGAACGGUGAAGUGCUGACAGACUCAGAUGGGCGUGUCCAUGUGGAGAGUACCAAAGGCCAUUGUAUCUUUACCAUUGAGGGGGCGGAGCGUCAGGAUGAGGGCGUGUACUCUGUCAUUGUACGCAAUCCUGCUGGAGAGGAUACAGCUGACAUUAAUGUCAAAGUUGUUGAUGUGCCAGACCCACCUGAAGCUCCUAGAAUCCUUAGUGUCGGUGAAGAUUCAUGCGUUGUUCAAUGGGACCCCCCACUCUUUGAUGGUGGCCAGCCAGUCAUAGGUUACGUUCUUGAAAGGAAGAAGACAAAGAGCUAUAGAUGGAUGAGACUCAAUUUUGAUCCUUAUAAAGAGACCACAUAUGAAGCCAAGAGAAUGAUUGAGGGUGUAGCCUACGAAAUGCGUGUAUACGCAGUAAACACCAUCGGCAUGUCACGCCCCAGUGCUGCCUCCCAACCAUUUGUGCCAGUUGCUCCGACCAGCGAGCCCACUGGCCUGUGUGUGGAUGACAUCAGCGAUACCACCAUCUCUCUGAAAUGGAGGGCUCCAGAGAGGAUAGGCUCAGCUGAACUCGAAGGCUAUGGGGUUGAGUACUGCAAAGAAGGCUCUGAUGAAUGGAUUCCUGCAUUUUCGGGUCUCACAGAAAGAACCACUGUGAUCGUCCAUGACCUGCCAACUGGAGAGAAGAUGCAGUUCCGCGUGAGGGCUUAUAACAUGGCAGGCCCAAGCCUUCCUGCCACAUUGCAACAAGCAGUCACCAUCCGUGAAAUCAUGCAGCGUCCCAAAAUCUGGCUCCCCCGUAACCUCCGCCAGACACUCAUCAAGAAAGUAGGAGAAAUGAUUAACCUGGUAAUCCCCUUCCAGGGUAAACCACGACCUCAAGUGACCUGGACAAAGAACGACGAGCUUCUGGACCCUAAGCAGGUCAGCAUACGAAACAGCGACACUGAUACCAUCCUCUUCAUCAGGAGAUCUGAGAGAAAGGAUUCUGGGAAGUAUGAAGUUCAAGUGCAAAUUGAGAAUGUGGAGGACAGGGCCAGUGUGAAUAUACAGAUUGUUGACCUGCCAGGCCCACCCCAAAAUUUAAAGGUGAUAGAUGUUUGGGGUUUCAACGUUGCCCUGGAGUGGAAACCACCCAAGGAUAAUGGCAACUGCGACAUCACAGGCUACACCAUCCAGAAGGCUGAUAAGAAAACCAUGAGCAGCAGGCAGGAAGACACCGGAUUAUCAGGUUUCACAGGACAAUCUCAAUCAGAAAUCGGAGAUGCUCUGCUGCUAAAUAUAAAAGCACUUUAG